AUGCCAGCAACAUUUUACGACUUAUUAACCGACAACUUGUUUCAACUUUUGGAUGCUGAUAAUUGCGGCGGUGUUGGAUCAGACAUCGAAAUAAAAGUUGGCAGCGACAUAACAAAAAUAUUUAAAGCACAUUCUCUGAUACUUCGAAUUCGAUCAGCAUAUUUUCGAAAAUAUUUUUCCGAGUCAACGCUUAAGUCGAGUUUUAUUAAUGCUGUUGAGAAUAAUAAGCAGGUUGAUAACGAACCUUCUACUUUCAUAAGUGAAGAAGAAUCAAAAGAUAAUGAAGAUAAUAAUAAUGAAAAUAGUGCCAGUGUAAAUAUGAUUGAUAAUGAAAAGCAAGGAAAUAAUUUAAACAAUACUUUGGUUGACGUUGAGCAAGAGAACAUUGAAAACUAUCAUGGAAUUGUAUUGGAAAACAUUGAUCCAGAAAUAUUUGAGAAAAUAAUAUUAAAGUAUAUUUACACAGGAAGAGUUGAUAUUGACACAUAUGAUGUCCCAUUAUUAAUUGAAUGUUUGAAAACAUCCAAUUUUUUCGAACUCGAAGAAUUAUGUGUCUACAUACAAGACUACAUAAUUGACCAUGAAAUCAACUGGUUAACGGAAAACUUAGCAAUAGCAUUCAAAAUUAUGGAGGCACGUCCAGAAUUUCAAAAACUUCGUGAUUUUAUUGAUAGAAUAGUUCGUGACACACCCGAAGAAUUUUUGAAUUCACGAGCAUUCUUGAGUGCCGAUGAAAGAACGAUCUUGUUGCUUCUUUCUCGUCAAGAUCUUGAGAUAAAAGAAGUACAUCUUUGGAAUCGAGUGAUUCAAUGGGCGGUUGCGAAAACUUCAGUUAAUAGUACAACCGAAGACGAUGCGAAUUGGACUUCAACGAGAAUAGAGCAAUUACGCAUAAUAUUGCAAUCGUGUAUACCGUUGAUUCGGUUCUUUGAUAUCUCUUCAGAAGAGUUUGACCUUAAAGUUUUUCCAUUUCAAAGUCUCUUGCCGAAACAAUUGUUCAGGGAUAUUGUCAGUUUUCACUUACAAAAGAACUAUGCUCCUGUAUCUCCACGACUUCCUACUCGAGGAAAGCCCAAAUAUCCAAAUGAAAUAAUUACAAUUAGUCCAAACGGAUCGGAUGUUGCUUCGUCCGUAGGUUCCGGAAAUGAUGACGAUACUAUGAUAGAGGUUAACGUUGACCGUCUCAAACUUAAUACUCGUCCAAAACAAAAACGUAAAGAAACAGCUAAUCGAACAAUUAAUGCUUCACCCACGGAGCCAACUUCACCAUUUUCAUUAAUGAGAGCGCCUGAAAUUUAUACAGACUCUCUAAGUAAAUUAUCCACUUUAAUAUCAGACAUGCAAAGUGCCAUUGUCAAGAAAUGGAUUAUCCAAUUACGACAAAAAACAACCGAAACAGAAUUAGAACGUCCAAAUAUUGGGCACCGCUAUUCGUUGUUACUACGCGCAAGUCGUGACGGAUUCACACCGACACUAUUUCAUCAACUUUGCGAUGACAAAGGAUCCACGCUAACUUUCAUGAAAAUUGCGGAAACUGGACAAAUUAUCGGCGGAUUCAAUUACUUGUCCUGGUCAUCACCCGCGAAAGAAAUUUACGAACCAAGUCCUUUUACUUUUGUGUUUUCGCUCGGCGAUUCCGGCAAGGGCUCAAUUGAAAAGUCGUUGGCAAGUGUGAAAAAACAUGAAAUGUGUGCGUGUGCUGGUGCUGAAUAUGGUCCGUCGUUUGGUGGAAAUGCCGACGAAGGUGAAUUACGAAUGUUGGGGAGAGAUUUUCGGUGGGAAAGGUCGUGUUAUUAUGUGCCGAAGUAUGUUAAAGGUGGUCUUUUCACGGGGAAAAAGAAAAUACCGACAAAGAUUUGUUUUUCUGUUGAAGAUUAUGAAGUAUUUCGUGUAUUUUAG